AUGAGCAGAAUCGGUCUCGUCCAACUCACCAGCUCGGCUCGCAACAGCCCAUUCGGCGUCGAGAAGGCGGCGUUCGACAAAUCGGCGAGCAAUAAAGUGAAAGCGCAUCCAGAACCGCUGAAACUCAAAAAGUAUCAACAAGUGGCACCGUCACCACUCGCCGUCACUCCGGUUUCAUCGCCAUUCGACGUGUUUUGUGAGGAGAGUAAGGAGAACGUCGAGACGCAGACACUUUUCGAGAACCAUUCAAUCUCCACUCAAACCUCCAUCUCCGUUCCACACAUCCAACCCGCCAUCACUGAAUCCGAUUUGACCGCCGACACGCCCACUGUCAACUACUAUCGAGUGAUGGCCGAUCGACUCCAGAUGGACUACGACGAUGAGAUCGAGCGAAACGGUCGAUUGGUCGCGGAGCUCGGCGAUUUGGCUGAGCAAACGACGAAAAUCGACGAAGACAUGGAGAUUCUUCUCGAAGUGCUCGCCGACAUUGACGAGGAGCAGAUGGGCGAUGAGCUCGGCACCGCCCAUGUUUAA